CCGGCUGUGAAUUGUGAUAGUCAAAUCUUGAAUCUUGAUGCUCCACAUCUUUUCCUAUGCUUCACAUCACUUUGUGAAAUCUCUUUACAUAUUCACUUCCAAACACACACACACGAACAAAUAUUUAUAUAUUCUUUCCAGAGAUAUUAAACAGGGCUUUCUACUUGCACUCCUCCAUCCACACCCAGGCAUAAUCUCUUCCUUCACUCGGCUCUUGUACUCUCCAGGAAAAUCCCAGACUCUGUCCAGGGCAUCAAUUUUCAGGUACUGUUUACUCAAGCAACAGCCUCUCAGCUAUUGACAUAGACAGAUGCACUGAUCUAACCUUUAAUUCAGCUUCUUUCCUUCUCAAGGUAUGACUAAGCUCUAAAAUUUUGUGUUUAUUAUAUCUAUACAGCUAUAGAAAUCAACUUGCUUUGGGAAUGUACAAUGAGUGGAGAAAUCGAUGCUAGAAGUCAGGGCAAAUGGAUGGUAUUCUGACGGUUGCCUCGUGAUUGAUUUCUUAGGCCUCCUUCGAGUAGCAUUUUAGAGAUUUAACUGCUGAUUGGAUAUAGAGAGAUUUAGGAUAGAAAGCAAAAUGAGGUUGAUAAAUGUUGCAUCUUGCAAUUUGAAUCAAUGGGCAAUGGAUUUCGAGUGCAAUUUAAAAAAUAUCAAGGAAUCAAUAGCCACUGCUAAAAAAGCUGGCGCCAUUAUCAGGCUUGGGCCGGAGCUUGAAAUUACUGGAUAUGGCUGUGAAGACCAUUUCCUAGAACUCGACACCAUUACUCACGCGUGGGAGUGUUUAAAAGAGAUUUUGGUUGGUGACUGGACUGACGGCAUCUUAUGUAGUUUCGGAAUGCCAAUUAUCAAAGGCUCCGAGCGGUACAAUUGUCAAGUGUUAUGUCUAAACCGAAAAAUUAUCAUGAUACGCCCCAAAAUGUGGCUGGCAAAUGACGGGAACUACAGGGAACUGCGGUGGUUUACAACGUGGAAGCAUCACGAGGAGCUUGUGGAAUUUCGGCUGCCAGCUGAAAUUGCUGAGGCUAUAUCACAGGACAGUGUUCCUUUUGGUUAUGGAUAUAUGCAAUUUAUAGACACAGCUGUUGCAGCUGAAGUUUGUGAAGAACUUUUUAGUCCUAUGCCUCCUCACACUGAACUUGCACUGAAUGGUGUUGAAGUAUUUCUGAAUGCCAGUGGGAGUCACCAUCAACUAAGGAAGCUUGAUCUUCGCCUUCGUGCAUUUAUAAGUGCUACACAUACUAGAGGAGGAGUUUACAUGUAUAGCAACCACCAAGGAUGUGAUGGUGGUCGUCUUUAUUAUGAUGGAUGUGCUUGUAUUGUUGUAAAUGGGGAUGUUGUUGCACAAGGUUCACAGUUUUCUUUGAAAGAUGUAGAGGUGGUGGUAGCUCAGAUAGACUUAGAUGCGGUUGCAAGUCUUAGAGGAUCCAUAAGUAGUUUUCAAGAGCAAGCAAGUAGCAAACCUAAAGUGUCUUCAGUUCCAGUGCAUUACAAGCUUUGCCAAUCUUUUAAGCUGCAGAUGUCCCUUUCAAGUCCUCGAAAGAUUAAGUAUCAUUCUCCCGAGGAAGAAAUAGCUUUUGGACCUGGUUGUUGGCUAUGGGAUUAUCUACGAAGAAGUGGAGCUUCUGGUUUUUUACUUCCUCUUUCAGGUGGGGCCGAUAGUUCCUCUGUCGCUGCAAUUGUUGGUUGCAUGUGCCAGCUCGUAGUUAAAGAAAUUGAGAAUGGGGAUAGUCAGGUAAAAGCGGAUGCUAUAAGAAUUGGUAAUUACACUGAUGGACAGUUUCCAUCUGACAGCAAAGAGUUUGCGAAACGCAUAUUUUACACUGUGUACAUGGGAUCUGAAAAUAGCUCGGAAACAACAAAGACACGGGCAAAAGUGUUGGCAGAUGAAAUCGGAUCAUGGCAUCUUGAUGUUUCUAUAGAUGGAGUAGUUUCUGCCCUGCUCACUUUAUUUCAGACUCUAACUGGGAAACGACCACGUUACAAGCUAGAUGGAGGAUCAAACAUUGAAAACUUGGGUUUGCAGAAUAUUCAGGCUAGAAUCAGAAUGGUGUUGGCAUUUAUGCUAGCAUCACUCUUGCCAUGGGUUCAUAACAAACCAGGAUUUUAUCUGGUUUUAGGUAGCUCCAAUGUAGAUGAAGGAUUGCGUGGUUAUCUCACAAAGUAUGACUGCAGUUCAGCUGAUAUCAAUCCAAUAGGAAGUAUUAGCAAGCAGGACCUCCGGAUAUUCCUGCGUUGGGCUGCCGUCAAUCUUGGUUACCCAUCCUUGGCUGAUGUUGAAGCAGCUCCACCCACUGCUGAGCUGGAGCCUAUUCGGUCCGAUUACAGUCAGCUUGAUGAAGUAGACAUGGGUAUGACAUAUGAAGAACUUUCAGUCUACGGAAGAUUGCGAAAGAUAUUCCGCUGUGGUCCUGUAUCUAUGUUCCAGAAUCUAUGUUACAAAUGGGGUGGAAGAUUAACACCAUCACAGGUGGCUGAUAAAGUGAAGUACUUCUUCAAGUAUUAUUCAAUAAACAGGCACAAAAUGACUGUGAUGACGCCCUCUUAUCACGCUGAGAGUUAUUCACCAGAGGACAACAGAUUUGAUCUACGCCAGUUUUUGUAUAACGCAAGAUGGCCAUAUCAGUUCCGCAAGAUUGAUGAAAUGGUAAAAGAAAUUGAUGGAGAUAAAGUUACUCUUUUAAAAGCAACGGAAAAGGAUCACCAGGAUGUUACAUCUGUCGGAGGUAUGGGAGUUAUUGCAGCUGGCUCAGGGGAUCCAAGAGCUGGUGUUUAAGUUUGCAUGUUAUACGCAGCAGAAGACAUUAAUAAAAAUAUAUUAACUUCAAGGAGAGCUAUGAACAAUGAAGCUACAACUUUGUUCUUCCGAAUUUGAAUCCAUGUAAAAUUAUGUGUACUUGGGUCCAGGUACCUGUGUCUCGUUUCAAACCUUUUUACCAGGUAGAGAUCUGGUAUCAGUUUCUUUAGCUGCUUAUGUAGUGCCAGAGUUCUUUUGUAAAGUAUAAUCAAGUACAUUACCCAGAUGUUUUCGGAA